AUGAACCGAACAUUUAUUUUUGCAUUAAUUUUAAUGGUUGUGUUUUCCACAGCCAAUGCAAAAACAAAAUUUAAAAAAUGUGAAAAUGAUAGAUUUUCACCACCCCUACUCUCUGUUAAAGUUCAUCCUGAUCCAGUCGUCUCCGGAAAACUCGCAACUUUUAAGGUUUCUGGAACUAUACCUACAAAAAUCACAGAAAAUACCGCAAUUCUUGUUUAUUAUAACGAUCUUGCAUCUAAACAAAUCGUAGGCGAUCAUCAUCUUGAAAGUAUUUGUGAAGGAACAGAGUGUUCAAUUGAAGCUAAUACUCCAUUUACUAAAAAAUUUAAGUUUCUGACACCACAAUUACCUUUUGAAUAUCAAAUUAAUGUUGCUGUUGUAGAAACAUUUGACGGACAACCUGAUCUAGGACCAUAUCUAGCUUGCGCAAUUGCAACACAUAUAAUUCCUACCCCUACCUAA